GGAGGACCAAAGUGCCAAUCAUGAACCUCGAGGAAGUCGGUUCUCAGCUCCGUCAAGUUCUGGAAAAGGAAGAGUUGUUGGCCCUUGCUGCUGGAAUAAAGGACAACUACCCCUAUUGCAUAGAAAUGUACAACACUUUGCUACUGACCGCCAGGGGACUAAACGCUUGCUUCCAGUACGAGAUCUAUGUGCCCAGGAAUGACCUUGUGUCACAUAUCAUCAUUUCGAGGUCACUGAUUGAGUGGAAAAACAUGAGCAUAUAUUGCAGAGAGGAAGAGGUUCCUCUGCUCAUCAAAGUAAUGAAGGGCAGUCAUUUCUUGGAUAUAGUUAAAGAACUACCAGUCAAUGUCUUUUUUAUAUCAAACUACCAAUUAGAUGCGGUACUUGAGAACCUGCAGAUAAUAUUUGAGAGGCACCUCCAGAAAAACCAGGAAUCAUGUUACGCUUAUGAAACUCGACAAGAAAGUCCUCUGAGGUAA